CAAGGUAUCAAGCGGAGCCCGGGCCAGCGCCGAUUGGCAGGAAUUUCCAAGAUGCCUUGGAAAGAGAAUCCAGAAUUUACAAGGUGGGAUAAAGCUGCCAGAGUCAUUCAGCAGGCCUGGAAAAAUUUCCUUAAUGUCACUAUAUACCAACAUUUGAAAAGUAUGAUUGAUUUAAGAAGACAAGGAGAACCACGUCAGAUAAUGAAAUUUAUUAAUCCUAAAGAGGCAGAGCUUCUAGACGCUGCUGCUGGCAUUCAUGUGCGAUUCAGAUUAGGUGGAGCUCAAUUUCCCCCUCAAAUAUACUAUAAAAUUUUUACUGACAGACAUAUUGAAGAUCUGUGUGCUAACAGCCCUAGAGAUUAUACAAAACUUCCAGCAAAACAUACAUCUCAUAAUAAAAGUGAUCAUCUUCAAGAAGAGGAUCAUAGUGGCUGGUAUCGUCGGAUAGAAAACAAUGGCUGGAGGCCUGUUGCUGAUAGAUUUUGGUUAUCUACUGCCUGUGAAGUAGUGGAAGACAAAAAAGAAAUUGACUUUCAUUUCUCUAAACUGAAGAGAAGGCAAGAUUUAGAAAAGAAAAGAAAAAUUAGAAAAAUAGAAUGGAUGAGGCAAAUGUACUACACAGGAAGCCUGGAGGCUCAGUCAACACAUCCUAAAACUGUAGGUUUAAUUCAGACAGCAACGAAGGGGCUAAUGAGAGCUAUUGAAGAUGGUGGGAUAGAUUCUGUGAUGGAAUGGGAAGUGGAUGAAGUGCUGAACUGGACAAAUACACUGAACUUUGAUGAGUAUAUUGCCAACUGGAAGGAAAUUGCUACAAGCAACUCUUCAGCUAACUUUGAAGGAUUCAGGUUUACGCAAGCACAGAGAAAUAGAUACGAUUAUGAAGACAUACCAGAAAUGCAAAUGGGGACAGCAGAUAAUACUUUCUAUGACAGUCUUUACCAAAAACCAUAUUUAACUAGAUUAACACCUGAUUCCACUUAUGGAAUAUAAAGUAUUUUCUUUUGUGAGCUACAGCCCUUUAAGCCCUGCAUCCAUCAGUUUUAGCCAAGAGAUAGCAUAUUCUCACUGGAACAAAUUGUAUAUAUAUUCUGGGCACAGAACCUAGCCCAAUUAAUUAAGCAAGAUUGAACGGAAAUAGAAUAUUGGAAUGAAUACAAUAGUCAUGGAAAAGAUAGAAAUUAUUCCUGGUAUUCUGAGAAACUAAUAUUCUAAC